UCGAGUAGGAGUCGACACCUUUCAGGCAAGCCGGAAAGUUAACAAGUUUUGACCCCUUCAGAAAUCCCAGAAUUGCGAAAUGGAGGAGCUAUCAAGGGAGGAGCAGGAUCUGCUGCAUAACACCUUCCGAAUGCUGGACAGGGAGAACGAGGGAGCCCUCACCUCGAAGGAACUGGCAGUGGCGAUCCGCGCUCUGGGUCGCCAGCCCAACGAGUCCGAGGUGCAGUCCAUGAUCAACGAGGUGGACUCCGACGGGAACGGCUCCAUUGCGAUGACCGAGUUCUGCAACGUGAUCCUGCGCAAGAUGCGCGACACCAGCAGGGAGGAGGAGCUGCGCGACUCCUUCCGCGUUUUCGACAAGCAGAACAACGGGUUUAUUUCCCUUAACGACGUGAAAACCAUCUUCAUGGCACUGGGCGAAAAAGUGGAGGACGACGAGCUGGAGGAAAUGAUUCGCGAGUACGACACGGAUCAGGAUAACCACAUCAACUUCGAGGAGUUUGUCAACAUGAUGACCUUGCGUUAGGCUCUACGCAGGAAGAAUUUCAAUUUAAUAACAAUGUUAUAUACCUUGUAUACAUUUUUCACUAAGAAACCAGAAAACAUGCUUGCCAAAAAUGUUAUCAUAAAGAGCACCAAUGUUCAAUGAAUGUUCAAAUAAAAUUAUAUUGGUACCGCGCA